UUUACAGAGAAAAGCUACUUUUUUUACAGUAUCAUCGAUUCAGCCUUGACAUCACCUCAUGUGUUAAUUCCUCCAUGAAAAGGUUUCAGCAAUGCAGAUUAAAAUUCGGAUCUAGGUUUCUUGGAAUCAGCCAGUAUUUAUUGGAGGCACAACAUAGUCAAGCUACAGAGAACAAUGUCUGAAGACAAGAUUCCGUUAGGGUCACUGUUCCACUUUACCGCCACAAGGGAGUGCAGCUCCAGUUUGCCUGUGACGCAGUGAGAGACCCACGGAUACACUGCCCUGCGUUCUACUUUUCAUGGAUGCCCAGGUGGCUCUGCUGCACUUAUGGACAGUCCUUGUCCUGACAUCAGAACUGAAUUGGAUUGAUACCGCAGAGGUCUACACCAAUGCUUGGGCCGUCCAGAUUAAUGGAGGCCCCAAGGAGGCUGACCGCAUCGCAAAGGAACACGGUUUCAUCAACCAUGGCAAUGUUUUUGGAGAUUAUUAUCACUUCAGACACCAGGCUGUGGAGAAGAGAGCUUUUUCUAGACACACAGGGCUGCACAUCAGACUGCAACGAGAUGCACAAGUUCUGUGGGCAGAGCAGCAAGUGGUGAAAAAGAGGAAGCGGAGGGAUGUCUUUGAGGCACCAACAGACCCCGAUUUCCCCAAGCAGUGGUACCUGUCCACUCUGACUCAUCAAGACUUAAAUACCAGAGUAGCUUGGGCUCAGGGCUACACUGGAAAAGGUAUUGUGGUGACUAUCCUGGAUGACGGCAUUGAAAAAGACCACCCGGAUCUUAUCAACAAUUAUGACCCCGAGGCCAGCUAUGAUGUCAAUGACGGAGACGCGGACCCCCAACCAAGAUACACUCAGCGUAAUGAAAACAGACAUGGAACUCGAUGCGCAGGAGAGGUUGCAGCUGCAGCUAACAAUGGUGUGUGCGGGGUUGGUGUGGCCUACAAUGCUAAAAUUGGAGGAGUUCGUAUGCUGGAUGGGGAGGUGACCGAUGUGGUGGAGGCCCACUCUCUUGGUCUCAAGCCCCAGUACAUUCACAUAUACAGUGCCAGCUGGGGUCCAGAAGAUGACGGCAAAUCGCUGGACGGCCCUGCUAAGCUGGCCAAGGAGGCUUUCCAACAGGGAAUCACCAAGGGACGCAGUGGACUGGGCUCCAUUUUUGUGUGGGCCUCGGGAAACGGCGGCAGAGAGAAGGACAACUGCAAUUGCGAUGGCUACACCAACAGCAUCUACACGUUGUCCAUCAGCAGCACCACACAAUCUGGAAAUGUGCCAUGGUACAGCGAGCCUUGCUCGUCCACCCUUGCGACCACCUUCAGCUCUGGAAACCCUGGGGAAAAACAGAUCGUGACAACAGACCUCAGGCAAAAGUGCACCGAUUCGCAUACAGGAACGUCGGCUUCAGCACCACUCGCUGCUGGGAUUAUUGCUCUGGCGCAGGAGGCCAAUACGAACCUGACCUGGAGGGACAUGCAACACCUGGUGGUGAGAACGGCCCGUCCCAAACAUCUCAGCGCAGGAGACUGGAAGACCAAUGGAGUUGGACGCCGAGUGAGUCACUCAUACGGAUAUGGGCUCCUGGAUGCUGGAGCAAUGGUGGCUUUAGCGCAAAACUGGACCAGAGUGGGGCCACAGCACCAGUGUGUUCACACAAUGCUCACAGAACCAAGAGACAUUGGGAGCAGGCUUAUGUUAAGAAAGAGCGUCGAUGCCUGCUGGGGACGGCCUGACUACGUCAGCUCUCUGGAGCACGUUCAGGCUCGUCUCACUCUCCUCCACAACCAGAGAGGCAAGCUGGCAAUCCAUCUCAUCAGUCCUCUGGGCACACGCUCUACCCUAUUGUUCCCCAGGCCAAAUGACUUCUCCACUGAGGGAUUCAAUGACUGGGCCUUCAUGACCACCCACUCAUGGGAUGAGGAUCCUCAAGGGGAAUGGACCUUGGAAAUAGAAAAUGUUGCAGCUACUAGCCGUGACUACGGAGUGCUGAGUCAGUUCACUCUCACUCUGUGGGGGACAGGCUACAACGUUGUCAGCCCUUUGUUGUCGGACUUCCCUCGGCCUUCCAACAACAGCUGCAAGACGUUUGAUGCCCAGCAGAUCUGCAUCGAAUGUAGCCCAGGCUUCUCCCUCUUCCUCCAAGGCUGCGUCAAGUUAUGCCCUCCCGGUUUUACGUCGGGGCCACAGCUCCUUAAUCUCUCUCUGGAGAACUGGGUGGACUUAUCUUCAGUACAAGCCUGCCUGCCCUGUCAUCCCACCUGUCUCACCUGCUCUGCCACGGGGCCCGCAGACUGUCUAUCCUGCCCGCUUCACAGCCGCCUGGUCCUCACUUCCUGUUCGCACCAGAACCAGGUCCAGCGCAAAUCUCCUCUUGCUGGCGGAGAGCCCAGACAAGAGGAUCCAGCAACAGAUGAUGAUAAAAGCGGCGGAGGCGGGGAAUCUACUGACCCGCGCUCGUCUUCUCAGCUACCCGCCGUCGUGGCUGUGCUCAGCUGUGCCUUCAUCCUGGUGGCCUUUGCGGGUGUUUUUCUCACACUGCAGCUGCGCUCGGGUGGCUGGAGAGCCAAAUUGCCCGACAGACGAGUGGACUUUGGUUUUGGCCUAGGCCGAGGACAGAAGAGGAAGGCUCGCAUAUGCUACAAAGGGAUCCCCACCGUGUGGGGGGAUGAGGACAUGACCGCCUACGAGUCUGAAUCAGACAGUGAGGAAGUUGGGGGUCGGAGCGAAAGGACAGCUUUCAUCAAGACGCAGAGUGUUAUCUAGUCGACGCCUGGAUUUCCUUUUCCAGGGUUCCUCGGUUCACUACAGAAUUCCGCAAUCUGAAUUUGUAAGUCAAAUUAUGUCAUAAUUGAUCACUAACCUAUGCUGAUCUGGUAGCGAGGUCAGAAGUACAGUUUGAAAAAGACUUGGAGGCCAAAAGUACAGGGUGUUCCUAAACCUAUGACAUCAAUUGAAAUAUGUAAAUCUAGGGUUUUUCGUGCACUUGCAUGAGUUAUCUCCAUGCUUUGUCCUGUUUUCCCAAAACAUGUAGGUGAGGUCAACUCAACUCAAAACUCAUAUAACAGUGGGAAUUUGCAGAGGUGGGCACAUCAAUCUGUCAGUCAUCCUUCUAACAUUAAUUCAGGCUGGCCCACUGCGUCCAUCAGUGGCCGCGAGAGUCAAAAACGUGUUUACUCCGACGCACACAGGCGCAACCAAAGCAGACUUGAAUAAUACGAAAGAAAUAAAUUGGUGGUGUGUUUACUUUCGGUCCUGCAAUUACUUUUUCCCAUAUUGUUUUCAAUUGUCAUGCUGUGUGUGUGCGCAUAUUGGUGCAUAUGUAUACAAAUAUACACAUGCGCGUGUGUGUGCGCGUGUGCGUGUGUGCGUGUGUGUGUGUGUGUGUGUGUGUGUGUGUGUGCGUGUGUGUGUCCGCGCGCGUGCGUGCGUGUGCAUGUGAAAUAGUAAGUAUGUCCUUGACAUGGAUUGGCUGUCGACUGGGCCGGCCUGAAAUAAUGAUGGAAGGAUGACUGACAGACUGACACGCCAUCCUCUGCAAAUCUGAAUGUGUGUCUGAAACUAACGAUUACUGUUUGUAAAGUGUAGAUUAAUCUGGCCAUCAUUAUUUUGUUGAUUAAUCAAUGAAUCAGAUUUUUUUUAUGCUUAAAUUUCCAUCAAAAACAGAAGAAUAUAGAUGUAGCGAUAUAUUGAUAGACAUAUAUAUAGAUAUAUAUAUUGAUAGAUAGAUACAGUAGAUAAAAAUGGACAGGGCAAUAUAUAUAUAUAUAUAUAUAUAUAUGAUUUCAUCACUGGUUUAAACGGUCACAUAUAAAAUGGACAAAAAUGUUGAUCGGUAUUUUCCGAAGUAAAAGUAUUCAACACAAUUUUAAUCACUACGAUUUGAAAGCGGGCUGAAGAAAUGGAAAAUAUUUACUGUUGAGACACUGCAAUUCUGAAUAUCCAUCCAUCCAUCCAUUUUCCGAAUCGCUUAAUCCUCACUAGUGUCACGGGGGGGUGCUGGACCCUAUCCCAGCUGUUUUCGGGCAGUAGGCGGGAGACACCCUGAACCGGUUGCCAGCCAAUCGCAGGGCACACAGAGACGAACAACCAUCCACUCUCACACUCACACGUAGGGACAAUUUAGAGUGUUCAAUCAGCCUGCCAAUCAUGUUUUUGGAACGCGGGAGAAAACCGGAGCACCCGGAGAAAACCCACGCAGGCCCGGGGAGAACAUGCAAACUACACAGGGAGGCCGGAGCUGGAAUUGAACCUCUGCACUGUGAAGUCGACGUGCUAACCACUGGACUACCGAGCCGCCCCAAUUCUGAAUAUUUGGUCACUUAAGAGAUUUUACUGUCAAACCAGAACAGUCUACUGCGUGCAACACCUGCUACGGUGCACAUCUGAAUGUCCUGCGUGCUGCUUUGCUUGAUUGUGCUUGAGCUUAUUCUAACACAAAAAUGCCUUUUCCUUGAUUGUCAAUGUCACAAUUCACCCUGAAAAAGUGACAUUAAAAUCAAUUAUUUUGAAACGUAAACAUUUAGUCAAACAUUCAACUUUUUUUGUCGUGAUAAGUUGAGCUAGAAUUGGCUAUGUUGAUGUAUGGGGGGAAAAAACAAACAAAUGGAACACCCUGUAUGAUACAAUCAAGUGGGAACUGCUCGUGCCUUUCUUGUGCUGCGUGACAACAUGUUCUUACGCCACCGCGCAAACUGAUUUGGUCAUAUCCUCAAAACCGUGCUUUGUCAAGAACCGAGGACCCCCGUAACAGUUUCAGACCCCAACUCAAUGCCAACUCCUGAUCGAAUUUGGGGGAAAUAAAACGCAGGCCUUCUUGUCCCACCAAAUGCAUCCCAUUUUUUUCAUUGUGUAUUUAUUACCAUUUGUAAUUGUAUGACUUGUUUAAAUACAAAAUCACCUCUCCAUAUAAUGGUGAGGUUGAUUAUGGUGCCGUGUCAAACUCAAGACCUGCGGGCCGGAUCUAACCUGCCAUGUCAUCUUACGUGGCUGGCAAAAGCUUGCCGCAAUUUUUUUCUUGAUCUUUUUAAACAAGAUGAUGAUGACGAUCGAUGUUCCUGCACAGAACAUGUUAGGUAAGGCACAAGAAGUGGAGCUGCCUCGCGCUCUAGCCAAAGAUUCGUCUGUAAACACGCGUCAUGCAUCAUGCAGAUCACCUUCUGGCUAGUGGAUGUCAUGGCUUGUUAAUAUUAAAAAUGAUUUCAUGUGUUCUAGUUGGAGAAAAAAAUGUCACACCCCUGGUCGAGCCGCCAUUUAAACAGAACGGCCACCUCGAACAAAGGCGCAGAAUGGCUGGAGGCUUAACCGAGGAAGCCAAAAACAUUUUCUCCAUGUUUGCCGACGAUUAAGGUGCUUUAUCAUCGAGAUAUUUUUGCUCUUGAUUUCCAGCCUGAAGCGGUGUUGAUUUUAUUUAGAGAACAUCUCAGUGAAGGAGAGGACCCCUCAGCAAAUAGUUAUUUUUUGCUUCAGAGGUAAUAUGAUUAUCAGAGCCACACUGAAAAGAAAAAAGCCCAUGCAUCCAUUCCGUUCUAUACCACAAAGUCACGGGUGAGCCGGAGCCUAUUCUCGUGUACACACUGGACUUGGAGCAGGGCACACCUUGACAAGCAACUAAUCACAUCACAUUUACACCGACAAACACUUGAGAGCUUUCAAUGUAACUAACGUGAAGGCUUUGAGAAUGUGGAAGAAUGCCAUAGAAAAACAUGCCGACACCACACAGCAAAUCUGACUUGACAUUCGAACCCAAACCUCAGAAGUGGCGACAGUGCGGCACCUCACAUAAAACCAUCCAUCCAUUUUCUAAUCCGCUUAUCCUCACGGGGGUUAGAGAGUUUUUAGAAUGAGGGAGGAAACCGGGGUACCUGGAGAAAACCCAUGCAGGCACGGGGAGAACAUGCAAACACCAUACAUGAAGGCCAAAGCCAGAAUUAAACCCUUCACCCCUGCGCUGUGAGGCCGACGUGCUCACCAGUUGACUUCCGUGCCGCCCUCUCACAUAAAACAUUCUCUUGAAAUCUAAAAAAAAAUGUUCUUAUUGUUUUUCACUGAAUUAAUUGUGGGGGGGUUUCAGUUACAGUCUGGCCCUAACUUCUUCGUACAGCAGAGAGGACAUUGACUUCAUCUGAUUGAAAUAAAAUUAAGUCUUUUCAUGUUAUUGUAUUUUUAUGUUUGUUUUACUUUUUUUCUAUUUACCUUGCAGUGGAUAAUAUUGUGGAGAUCAAUUUCAUGCUGGAAUAAACUGGCGUUGGUGUUUGCAAA